AUGAUUGAAUCUCGUUUGGUAGGUUAUGACUUGAGUUUAGCAACUGAUAUUAUUUCUAUUAUCACGGAUGGUGCCUCAACUAUGUUGAAAAUUGGCAAACGCAUAGGUCCACAUCAACAGCUGUGCCUGGCACAUGGAGUACAGCUAGGUAUCCUUGAUGUGAUGUACAAAAGACAAAUAAGAAUUGAGCCAAAUGAAAUUUCUAUAUGUGAAGAUGAUGAUUCCGAAGAAGAUACGAGAGAUCAAACUGAUUGCAUACAGUUAGCUGAUAAUGAAGAACAUGGAGAACUUACAGACGAAUUUGAUAUCAAAAAAAUUAUAGACAAAAUUCGGAGCGUUUUACGGUCAUUUCGAAAAUCUCCCAAAAAGAAUGAAAUUUUACAAAAAUAUGUGAAAAUGGAGUUCAACAAAGAGUUGCAGCUCAUCCUAGAUUGUCAGACUCGGUGA